AUGGCGGCGCGCUCGCCGCCCUCGCCGGUGGCCCCUCCGCCUCCAGCGCGACGGUUGGGUCCCCGUUCCCCGCGCAUUGGGCGGGGAGCCGAGGUACACGCCGUGCGCAGCGACGCUUCGGGUCUCGCCGGCGCAGCGCGGGAAGUCAUCGCGGAUAAGUGCGAUGUAUUGUGGCGGGACGAAGAAGGGUCAGAGGGCUGGCGAGGACCCGCGGGGGCGGCUCCGGCUCACGCUCCCCUCCUCAGCGCGCCCAUGGGGUCCAGGCGGCUAGAGGGCAUCUCGGUAGAGGAGGCGAAGGUGACCCGGACGCAGCUGCUGGAGGAAGAGCUGAGCAGCCUAAAGGAGGAGCUGGCCCUGUGUCAGGCUGACAAAGAAUUUGUAUGGUCUUUGUGGAAACGUCUUCAGGUAACAAACCCAGAUCUCACAGAAGCUGUCAGUUUGGUUGUGGAAAGGCCUGUUGUGAGGCAGAACAUCAUGGUGCGGAGUACAUGGGAGAGCCAAGCUGCUCACCUCAUAGCAGCCAGAAAG